AUGCCGGUUUCUGAAGAGGUCUUAGCCAAAAAAGCCACAACAGUCAUGCCUGAAAAUCCCAGACAGACUGAUUUUCAGCUGGUGCGGGUCAAGAGCACUUGGUGUCGGAUCAAGAAGGGGGAAGCCAUAUGCAACUCUGAGGAUAAGAUAACCAUCUCACAGGCUAAAAUAGGCAAAAGUGUGUCAGAUAUUGGGAUUUCCUGGACAAUUGAAGCUCCUAUCUCGUUCUGCUACAAAGUGGUGGAAACAUGCAGUCUUCUGGAUCCUGCCAACAGUACACUCCUUUUUGGGCACAUCAUAGAUCCUCAGCAAUUAGAGAUAGCCAUUAACAGAGAAAGAGAACAGAGGCGUUUUAUUGUAAUGGAUCAGAUUGUCGAUGAAUAUUACGGCUCAAAAGUGAGAAAGUACUUUGAAGCCAAUAAUGUUCACUAUAAAAUCCUCUCCCUGCCCACCACUGAAGAAACCAAAUCCAUGGAUCUGGUCCUCAGCAUCUUGCAAGAAGUUCACAACUUCGGCAUCGACAGGCGCAAAGAGCCCAUUAUAGCAAUUGGAGGAGGGGUUUGCCUUGAUAUUGUAGGCCUUGCGGCGUCACUUUAUAGAAGACGCACCCCUUAUAUUCGUGUCCCAACAACCCUCUUGGCAUACGUUGAUGCCAGUGUGGGAGCAAAGAACGGUGUAAAUUUCCUUCAGUGCAAGAACAAGCUUGGAGGCUACACUCCGCCUGUAGCUACUUUUCUGGACAGAUCCUUCAUCCAAACUAUUCCCCGUCGACACAUCUCCAACGGUCUUGGUGAAAUUUUGAAGAUGGCACUCAUGAAACACAAAGGGCUCUUUGAUCUACUCAAGAGCCAUGGAAAAUACAUGCUGGACACAAAGUUCCAGUCUCAGAACAGCUUGGUCAAUCAUGAUGCUGCACUGAAGACAACCAGACUUGCCAUAGAAACAAUGCUGGAAGAGCUUGCACCCAACCUCUGGGAGGAUGACCUGGACAGAUUGGUUGAUUUUGGUCACCUCAUAAGCCCAGAACUUGAAAUGAAAGUUUUGCCUUCACUGAUGCAUGGAGAAGCAGUAAACAUAGACAUGGCAUUCAUGACUUACGUGUCCUAUGAAAGGGGGCUUUUAACUAUAGAGGAAAAAACUGACAUUAUUCAGUGCAUGAAGAGUUUGGAGCUCCCGGUGUGGCACGAAGACUGCAGCUGGUAUCUAAUAAAGAAGGCCUUGGUGGAAAGGUUGAAACACUGUGGAGGCCAGAUGAGAAUGCCUCUCCCAACUGGACUUGGAAUGGCAGAACUAUUCAGUGAUAUCAGCGAAGACACCCUGGAAAGAGCGUACAAACUAUGGGCCAGCGAAUGUAAGACAGCAAUGGAAGAUGACUUUCCAAUUCACUGA